CCAGAGAAUGGACCAGGUCGGCGCCAAGGCGAAGAGGGCCGAGGUCCAGCCCGUCUGCGUGCGGCGGGCGUCCUUCGCCGCCUUGCCCGAGAUCCCUGCGAUCGACGGCACGAUCCCGCGCGUGCGCACCGACAUGAACUUCAAGGGCCUCCAAGACCCGUACUCGGAGUGCCACCAAGUGCUCACGAGCUCGCUCAACGCCGCAUCCAUCGACACGAUGCUGAGCGGCGGCCUCAAGAAUUUCUUUGAAAAGUACAACCGACUCGCCGAGACGACGAAUCUGCAGCUGCAGACGCCCGAAAUCCGCUUCUCCAACCUCUCGUUUUCGGCGCAGUCGAGCGCCAACUCGCUCGCGUCUGGGACCGUGGGCAGCUACCUCCGGCAGCUCUUCUUCCCGUUCUGCUGCAAGCCGCCGAGCGUCGAGAAGAAUGUGCUGCACCCGAUGUCGGGCGCGAUUCCGCCGGGAAGCAUGACCUUGCUUUUGGCGAGCCCGGGCUCGGGCAAGACGUCGUUCCUUAAGGCGCUUGCGAAUAAACUGCCGACCAAGAACACGAAAAUCGGCGGCAGCGUCUCGUACAGUGGACUGACGUGCAACCAGAUCGACCUCCGCAAGCUCGUGGGGCUCGUCGACCAGCGCGACAACCACAUCGCGACCAUGACCGUGCGCGAGACGCUCAAGUUUGCCGAUCUCUGCCUCAACGGUCGCCCGAAGAAGAAGUCGGGGUCGCAGUCCCCGACCAAGGCCGAAGAAAAGAUGGCCGACGUGGCCAACCUGCGAACCGACCUCUACUUGCACAUCCUCGGCCUCUCCAACUGCGCCGACACGAUUGUCGGCGAUGACAUGCUGCGGGGUGUGAGUGGCGGCGAGCGCAAGCGUGUGACCGUGGGUGAGAUGCUUGUCGGCGGCCAAAGCAUUUUCCUCUGUGACGAGAUCAGCACGGGUCUGGACUCGGCCGCCACCUUUGACAUUGUCAACGCACUCAAGACAUGGACCAAGUCACUGGGCGGUAGCUGCAUUGUAGCCUUGUUGCAGCCACCUCCCGAGGUCGUCGAGCUCUUUGACGACAUCUUGAUGCUCUCGGACGGGCAUCUGGUGUACCACGGUCCGCGGACGUCGACGCUGCCGUACUUUCAGUCGCUCGGGUUUGUGUGCCCGGCGCGCACCGACCCGUCGAUCUUCAUGCUCGAAGUCGUUGCGGGCAGCGGGACCAAGUACUUCAACCCUGGUAUCAACUUGAUAUUAGCACCCGACACCGGCGCCGACAACGUCCAAGGCGUUCGGGAGGCUUUCGCAGCGUCUCCAAUGCACGCAGCCGUGCGCAUGUGGCUCAAGAACAGCAACCUCCAGUACGACGUGACCAGCGUCAAGCGCCUCGCGUUUCUCGCGCGCAGGACGACACAGUUCAGCCUCGCGUUCUGGGACAGCACCAAAUUGCUCAUGGCGCGCCAAGUGGUCUUCUGGGUCCGCGACAAAGAGCUGCUCUACGGCAAGCUUAUCGAGGCGUGCGUCGAGGGGUUGCUGCUCGGCAUCAUCUACCUCAACUGCGACGCGUCGCUGUAUUUGCGCAUGCUCUUUUUUCACGAUUGCGAUUUUUCUGGUAUUCGCCACGCGUGGCAGCGCAUUACGAUCUCUCUCGCCGUGCGCAACGUGUUUUACAAGCAGCGGUCGCGCAACUUCUUCCGAACCUCGUCGUACGCGAUCGCCGAGGCGGUGGUCCAGAUCCCCAUCAACCUCGUCGUUGCAAUUGUGCUCGGCACGAUCUUCUACUUUAUGAGCGGCCUCGCGCACGAGACGUCCGUGUACUUUACGUACCUCGCCGUCCUCGUCGUCUUCCAGCACGUCAUUGCCGCGUACUUUACGCUGCUAAGCUCGAUCGCGCCGACGGUCACGAUCGCGCAGUCGUUCGCGGCCUGCUCGAUCGUCUUCUUCAUUCUCUUUUCGGGCAACAUUGUGCUCUACGACCUCAUUCCGACGUAUUGGACCUGGAUGUACUGGUGCAACCCGCUCACGUGGGCGCUCCGGGCCAUCAUGCUCAACGAGUACAGCAGCACGCGCUACUCGAUCGACGAACGCGCCGACAAGCUCGAUAUGUUUGAGAUCCGCCAAGACAACGAGUACAUUGGGUACGGCCUCCUUGUGCUCCUUGGCUACUACUUCUUCUUUACGACGCUCAACGCCCUCGCGCUCCAUUUUGUCCGGUUUGACACGCAAGUCCGGGCGACGUCGCCCCCCGCGGCGCCCCCCGCCGAUGCCGCCACCGUGCUCACGAUCGAGACGGCGCCGACGCAGCUCCCGUUCUACCCUGCCCGCAUCGCGGUUCGCGAUUUGGACUACUUUGUGAAGAUGCCGACGGGCGAAGAGAGACAGCUUCUACAGCACAUCACCGCGUCGUUUGAGCCGGGCACGAUGACGGCGCUCAUGGGCUCGUCCGGCGCCGGCAAGACGACGUUCAUGGACGUACUCGCGGGCCGCAAGACGGGCGGCCGCAUCGCCGGCGACAUCUACAUCAACGGCGAGCCGAAAAACCCCGCGACGUUUAGCUGUAUUGCCAGCUACUGCGAGCAGAUGGACAUCCACUCGGAGAAGGCGACGAUCCGUGAAGCGCUCGAGUUCUCGGCGUUUCUGCGGCUGCCGCAGACGUUCGAGUACGAUGCCAAGCUGAGCUUGGUGCGCGAGACCUUGACGCUUCUCGAGCUCGACAAGAUAGCCCACGAACGCAUCCUCAACCUCAGCGUCGAACAGAAGAAGCGCGUCACGAUCGGUGUCGAAGUGGUGGCCAACCCGAGCAUCUUGUUUUUGGACGAACCGACCUCGGGGCUAGACGCGCGCUCGGCGCAGUUCGUCAUGCGCGGCGUCCAGUCGAUCGCGCGCACGGGUCGCACGGUCAUUUGCACGAUCCACCAGCCGAGCAUCCAGAUCUUUGAGCUUUUCGACUCGCUUUUGCUGCUUCAAAAAGGCGGCCGCAUCGCUUUCUAUGGGGAGCUCGGCGCCGACUCGCAGAAGCUGCUCGAGUACUUUCACUCAAUUCCGGGCACCGAGAAGAUCCAUCCGCUCUACAACCCAGCGACAUACAUGCUCGAGGUCAUUGGCGCCGGCGUGGGCCGCAAGGACAUCAAGAACUACGCGGAUGUCUAUGCGAGCAGCGACCUCUGCGCGGCCAACCGUGUGAAAGUCGAGCGACUGCUCGCACCAUCGCCCGAUCUCGUCAUGUUUUCGACGCUGGCGUUCCAGCCGAUCGCGACGAGCCUCUUGAACCAGACGCGCUGGCUGGCGCACCGAGCGGUGCUCAUGUACUGGCGCAGUCCCGCAUACAACUUUGUGCGGCUCGUGUCGUACCCGGUCUUUGCCGUCAUAUUUGGGAGCACGUUCUACAAGCUGCCGUUUGGCACGAUGGCGCACGUGACGUCGCAUAUCGGACUGAUCUACAACGUUAUGGACUUUAUUGGCGUCAUCAACAUGAUGACCGUGCUGGACAUGGCGAGCACGGAGCGCCCCGUGUUUUACCGCGAGCGCAUGUCCAACUACUACAGCCCGCUGCCGUACACGCUCUCGCUGCUACUGGCCGAGAUCCCGUACCUCGUGGUCGUCAACCUCAGCUUCGUCGCGAUCGUCUACUGGCUGGUCGGCUGGUACCACGACGCCGCGACGUUCUUCUUCUUCUGGUUCAUCUACUUCGUGUACACGUCGUUGUGUACCUUCAUGGGCAUGUGGAUGGCCGUACUCAUGCCCAACAUCAAGGUGGCCAACGUCGCCGUCGGCGCAACGUCCUGCAUCGUGAACCUCUUUGGCGGCUUCCUCCUUCCGUUCGUGCAAAUGAAGUGGGGCUACAAAUGGCUCACGUGGAUCAUCCCCUCGAGCUACUCGCUCAACGUUCUCGUCGGACUCGUGGUCGCGCGCUGCGAGGAUGGCGUCGGCCCCGGCUGCAAAUUGAUCCUCGUCGGCGGCAAGCCCGCAACGGUCGAGUCGUACGUCAUUUCAAAAUUCGGGUUCGACCCGGCCGAGAUCUACUCGAGCAGCGGUGCGCUCCUCCUCGAGUGGGCACUCAUCCAAGUGUUUAUCUACCUGACCCUGCGCUUUCUGUGCCACCUCAAGCGCUAGAUGCAUGAAUAACACCACACAUGACAUGAUAUAUUAACAUUCGCC